AAAGAGUAGUGGUUCAUGAACACUGAUUUUUCUUCGGUGCGAUUGCGUGCGAAAGAGAGGUGGAGCUGGAAAAUCAAAUUCUUUUGGUCAGACUCAACUCGAAAUUUCGCAAGCAAGACGAACCAAUCGCCGAAGACUUCGAACGAAACGGACCAAUCGCAAGCACUCGAAGUCUCCCCUUAUUAUCCCCUCCUCUUGUUCCUCUCCUCUCUCGCGGGAUUACCACGGAGGCAAAGAGCGAUGGUGCGGGCGAGUCUUCUCGCAGUCCACGACGCCGUAGCGAGCGGCGCUGCUGUGGCCGCGCAGCACGCUCACCUAAGCCCCGUCGCGAUCGUGCUCCUCGCGGUGGCCGCCACGGUGGCCGUGGCGGCCAUCGCCGCCUUCGGCUGCGCGGACGGAGCCAAACCGCGCCGGAACAAAAACAACAACGUCUACUACUACGGCCAGGGCAACCCGCCGCCUCCCGCGGGGGCGUAUGGGUACCCGGCGCAGCAGCCGCCUCCCGCCGGGCCGUACGGCUACCCGGCGCAGCAGCCGCCCCCCGGCUACGCGUACCCGCAGCAGAGCGCCGCGAGGCCCGGGGGCCGCGGGCUCGGCUCCGGCGCCGCGGGGCUGGCCGUCGGCGCGGUGGGAGGGCUGGCCGCCGGCGCGCUCAUCGGCUCGGCGCUCCACUCCGGCGGCGGAGGCGGGUGCGGUGGCAGCGGGUGUGGAGGCGGUGGGUGCGGAGGCGGUGGGUGCGGCGGUGGCGGCUGCGGCGGUUGAACUGUUACGUUCUUGGCUGUUGGCCCGUGGGCUUGGUAGUUAUUGUUAGGCGUUAAUUUGUCAUUUUCUUGAUGAAAGAUGGACGGUUGUGUACACGACGUGGCCCUAUUUUCCUAGCCAAUGCUUCUGCGUUCGACUUUGAUAAAGUAUCAAGGCGUUGACUUUGUCGGUCAGGCGAGAAGCCCAGAAGCUUGGUGCCAGGAAACCAAAGGAGGCAGAUCGUUCUAUGAGCGCCGGGCUGCCGCUUUCCCAAGCCGAAGAGAGGCGGCUAAGGCCACGUACAAUGCGUACAUGUGGUCAGGCGCUCACGGCUCACCGGAGGUUGCUGGUUUUGCACGGUAAAAAUAAAAAAUAGAUAAUAUACGGUAUUAUAUUUAUAAAAAUAGACAAUAGGUUAUCAUAUUUACAAUUAUAAUGAGUGUAUUCAGUAUCUUAUUUACCAAAAAUUCAUUUUCGAUACACCGUACA